AUGAACAUUAAAAUGCAUGAAGAUGAAUUCAGUAACAACCCAGGGAGAUACGUCAUAAGGCCAAAUAGGCAGCAAGUACCUAUAGGGGUGCAUGUUCAUCAUCCAGUGCUGAUGGGUCUGAGCCGUACACUAGAUGGUGCUUGCACAACGCAGGCAGCAAACGUGUGUCUGUCUCGAGAUGUGUCAGCACUCAGAGCUCCAUCUCCUCCUCAAGGCAACCCUGGGUGUAUGGAGAGAGUGUGGAAUGAGAUGCCGGAAAGCAGUGAAAUGGAAAGGAACCUGGGGAUCCUGGUCAGUGAUGAAAUUCCUACAGUGGUUGGGAUCUUUAGUGCAUUUGGCCUUGUCUUCUCUGUCUCCCUCUUUGCUUGGAUCUGCUGCCAGCGCAAAUCUUCCAAGUCCAAUAAGACCCCUCCAUACAAGUUUGUCCAUGUUCUGAAGGGGGUUGAUAUUUAUCCUGAGAACCUCAACAGCAAAAAGAAGUUUGGAGCAGAUGAUAAAAGUGAAGCAAAGAAUAAAUCAGCAAUGCCAAAGAAUUCUCUCCAUCUUGAUCUAGAGAAGAGAGAUCUAAAUGGCAAUUUUCCCAAAACAACCACAAAAAUGCAGGGCUCUCCAGAUCCUGAAAAUUCAUCUCCUAAGCACUUUGCAGAAAGGAAGAAAGAUUCAGUAUCCCCUGACAGCUUAAAAUCCAUCACUUCCCUGUCAUCUGAAGAUAAACAGGACAAGCUAGGAACUCUCUUUUUCUCCUUAGAGUACAACUUUGAGAAAAAAGCAUUUGUAGUGAACAUCAAAGAAGCUCGUGGGCUGCCAGCAAUGGAUGAACAGUCAAUGACUUCUGAUCCCUACAUCAAAAUGACAAUCCUGCCUGAGAAAAAGCACAAGGUGAAAACCAGAGUGCUGAGAAAAACCUUAGAUCCAGCUUUCGAUGAGACUUUUACAUUUUAUGGGAUCCCCUACAGCCAAAUUCAAGACUUAACACUUCACUUCAUGGUCUUGAGCUUCGACAGAUUUUCCAGAGAUGAUGUCAUUGGAGAAGUCCUCAUUCCCCUUGCUGGAAUUGAACUCUCGGAAGGAAGGCUGCUAAUGGACAGAGAGAUCAUCAAAAGAAAUGUUAGGAAAUCAUCUGGCCGUGGAGAAUUACUGGUCUCUCUCUGUUAUCAAUCUACAACAAACACACUCACUGUUGUUGUUCUAAAAGCCAGGCAUCUACCUAAAUCUGAUGUGUCAGGAUUAUCAGACCCUUAUGUCAAAGUGAACCUGUAUCAUGCCAAGAAAAGAAUUUCUAAAAAGAAAACCCACGUGAAGAAGUGCACCCCAAAUGCAGUGUUCAAUGAAUUGUUUGUCUUUGACAUUCCUUGUGAGGGCCUUGAUGAUAUCAGCAUUGAAUUUCUGGUUUUAGAUUCAGAUAGGGGGUCAAGGAAUGAGGUCAUUGGCCGGUUAACCUUGGGAUCUUCAGCAGAAGGAACAGGUGGAGAGCACUGGAAGGAAAUUUGUGAAUAUCCCAGGAGACAAAUUGCCAAAUGGCAUAUGUUAUGUGAUGGUUAGCAGCUUAAAGAAGGGUUGGAUCUCAAAACACUAUAUAUAUUUCCAUAGUCAAGAAGCAAGGUUUUUUUUCUUUGCUAUGUAUAAUUACUAUCUUUUAACUACAAAAAUUGUUUGCUUUUUUUUUUCAAGAGGGGGUGGGGGGGGUCGAAAUUAAAUUGGAUUGGAUUAUCAGAACAGAAGGUAACUUAAUUUUUACAGUAAAUAAUGGAAUUUCUAUUUCAUUAAACUUUAACAUAAUUAGUUCAGAUUAAUAUUCUUCUAGAGUUUAAGUGGCCUGUAAAUUCUGAAGCACUGUAAACCUCAAGAACAAACUAGGUUUUGAAAGAGUCAUUUAUCAGUGACUCAUAUAUAGAAGAUAACCUUAUUACAAUACAAUUACAAAAAAACCCCACCUGUGGCUUAUUAGGGAAGGGGAUGGAACUAUAAAAGC